AUGCCUGCGAGGUCCAACGGGCGGGAGACGGACGCGUCAAAAGACGCGUCCACCCACUCCGCCCAUGAUGCGACACCUACUAGAUUCACCACCAGGUCUGGUCUUGUCCGCCAGACACCGGAAUCUGCGUCAACUCGAGAAGACUACUCAGUAGCUGAAAAUGAAAUUGAGACACCCUCCGGGGUGGACCGAGAGCUGGGGGCAACUUCACAACCCCCUGAAUAUGUCCGAAUGGUGCUCAGAGCCAACACCGAACUCUCAGCGCAGUUCAACCGUAUGUCUGAAAUGUACAAGAAAACAUUAGAAGCUGUCACCGCCGAGGCAGCGCUGUACCGCAAGGAAUUGGAACAAGCCCGGAAAGAUAUCAAGGAACUCCAUCAACAAUCCCAGACAGAAAUCAAUCAACUCCAACAGGAAAUUGUCAGCUUGAAAGAACUCAUCAAAACAUUACCGUCGGCUGUAUCCACCACCCCAAGCGAUAGUCAAAUCAGUAGCCCUGGAAGAAGUUGGGCCUCUAUUGUGACUGGAUCCUCUGCUAUCUCACCAGGCACGAAGAAUACGACUUCGGCGCAUACACUGCCAAACUUCACACUGAACCUAAGAAAUGCAAGCGAGGAGACCAAACAAAAACUAGCGGAUGGAGCUACGGCAAAGAGUGCCAUCCAAAAAGCACUCCGAGACCAAGAGGACACCAAGGAAAUCAAUGUGGAGGGCGUGAAAUCCACGCCUGGCUCUGCAGUGCGUAUCUUCCUCAACAGUGAGGAAGAUAUGAACACCAUCCGGGAGAAACCGCAGUGGUUAGAAACGCUGCCAGGCGCAAAACUGAAAGGAGAACCUUGGUACCCAAUCAUGGUCAACAACGUGAGAAAGGCGGAUGUCUUUACGGAGGAAGGACGCUUGAUGGGGACUUUGUGGAAACUUUCCGACAGGAAAGUGAGGCUGGUUUAA